AAUUUUGCUGGGGAGUUGUAUAAAAAGUAAGCCAACUGUUCGAAGAUGGCAUCAGUUUAAACUCAUCGAUAGAUAGCGAAGCUGCAAACCAAAAUGAAACUCCUGUUAGCGUUCUCGGUUCUGAUAGUCGUUGGAGCGGCUAUCAAGGUCACUGAAGACAAGGAACAUACGGAGCACACGGAAACACCCAAGGAGCACAUUCCAAUCGUGCACAGUGAAUCAUUCCAUGGUCACGACGGAAGCUUCAAACAUCGCUUCGAGUCAGCCAACGGGAUCCUUGUCGAAGAACGUGGUUCGGUGAAGGAUGUCGGGGACAGCGAGCACAAGGCCAACGUGGUUCACGGCUCGUACUCCUACAUCGAUCCCAAGGGUAUUCCGGUGUCCGUGCAUUACACGGCCGACGAGAAUGGCUUCCAUGCCCACGGAUCGCACAUUCCCACACCAAAGCCGGUGCCGGAGUAUUAACUUCUCCCACUGGAUUAAGUCUAUUUCAGUUCUGAUCUCUCGCUAUUUCAAUGUACCAGUGACAACUGGAUUCUGCCUCCAUUUAUGUACAUUUUGAAGAAACGGGAGUUGGGAAAAUCUGGAUAAAAACAACACCUUAAGAAUUUCCACAUAUUUUCAAAACCUCUCUUGUUUCUUCGACUUCAACUCAUUACAAACUCUCUCCUAAACUCAACAUGAGCCAUUCUACAGUACAUGUUGAUCAUUUACUGAAUAGAAUUUUGAUUGAAUACAAAAAUAGAUGUUUUAAGGUGAAGUAAACGAGAGUGCGGGUAAGAUCAACACCCUCUUGGAGUAGUGAACUAUGUGACUAUGUGACUAUACUACUAUGUGAACAUUUUAAGAGGGAGAGGAGGAAUAGUUACUAAUAAUACG